CCAUCGGAAUGGAUCAGCCCGCGCACCAGUUCUUCCAGCCGCGUCGGGACAGUCUGAGUGGCGCCCCCAAAAUGGGCUUCUUCCGCCUCCAUAGCCGGCACUGGUGCGAUAGCACCGUCAUCCUUUCUAAUGCCGACGGGCACAUAUUCACCGUCCCCUUUGACGACAUCCUCCGACAGUACCGGCGUGUUGUUACCGAUUCCCUCGACCGAUGCGUCAGCCGACCAGACGAUGUUGCGGGUUUCAGCAUCGGUUGUUUGCUUCUCAGCCUGAUCGGCCCGGAACGCAGCCUCCUCAGCAGGAGUCAUUGCAGGUCCCGAGAGGCCUCGAGUCGUCGUGCCGGUGAAAGUCGCGUUGUCAUUCUCUGUACAGGACGGGAGGUAUGUUGCGAUGGAGGCGACGCUCAGGUUGAUGCUGUCCAAGGGUGUCAAGCUGCCCCACAUUCCAUCGAUCGGGGACCUCGUCGAGAUCAUGUGUCAUGAAAUACCACUUGUCCUUGUCGGCAUCUCCGCUCUUGAAAUGAGGAGGCUCGUAAUCGGAUGGUGUUUCAUCCGUGUAGA